AUAAGUGAAUAUUGAAGAAAGUUGAUAAAGAGAAGGCGCUUCAUGGCUGCGAGGGCUUCCAGGAAUUUUAUCAGGGAGACUUUGUACAGGAAAGUGAAUUUCAAAGCUCUUGGUGGAUCCAGAAGUUUGAGUUUGGCACCUGGAACUACUCCAAAGAUCCCUCAAUCUUCUAAGAAAGGGAGGUUAUUGACUGGGGCCACGAUAGGCCUAUUAAUAGCUGGGGGAGCUUAUGUCAGUACUGCAGAUGAGGCAACUUUCUGUGGUUGGCUAUUUUCAGCUACAAAACUUGUGAACCCAUUCUUUGCCUAUCUGGACCCAGAAGUUGCUCAUCGGCUAGCAGUCUCUGCAGCAGCUCGUGGUUUGGUUCCGAAGGAGAAAAGGCCAGACCCAUCAAUAUUGGGGCUGGAAGUAUGGGGACGGAAAUUUUCAAGUCCAAUUGGUCUUGCGGCUGGUUUUGAUAAGAACGCUGAGGCUGUUGAAGGAUUAUUGGGGUUAGGCUUUGGGUUUGUAGAGGUGGGCUCAGUAACUCCUGUUCCACAGGAGGGUAAUCCAAAGCCUCGUAUGUUCAGAUUGCCGCAGGAGGGUGCUGUCAUAAACCGGUAUGGCUUUAAUAGUGAAGGAAUCGUGGUUGUUGCAAAACGGUUGGGUGCCCAGCAUGGCAAGAGAAAGUUGGCUGAAAUAUCAAGCACUUCGAUCUCCUCCCAUGAUGAGGUCCAACAUGGAGGAGGAAAAGCUGGCCCUGGUAUUCUUGGGGUUAAUCUUGGCAAGAAUAAGACAAGUGAAGAUGCUGUGGCUGACUAUGUUCAAGGGGUUCAUACUUUAUCCCAGUAUGCUGAUUAUUUGGUUAUAAAUGUUUCAUCACCAAACACACCUGGAUUGCGUAAACUUCAGGGGAGGAAACAGCUAAAGGAUCUUAUUAAGAAGGUACAAGCUGCUCGAGAUGAAAUGCAAUGGGGUGAAGAGGGCCCACCACCAUUGCUUGUGAAAAUUGCUCCAGACUUGUCUAAAGAGGACCUUGAAGAUAUUGCAGCAGUUGCUCUUACUCUUCGCUUGGAUGGAUUGAUAAUAUCAAAUACAACCAUUUCAAGACCUGAUCCUGUAAGCAAGAACCCUGUGGCUGAAGAGUCUGGUGGCUUAAGCGGGAAGCCUCUUUUUAAUCUAUCAACCAACAUCUUGAAGGAGAUGUACCUUUUGACGCGGGGAAAGAUCCCUCUUAUUGGUUGUGGGGGUAUUAGCAGUGGUGAGGAUGCAUACAAGAAGAUACGAGCUGGAGCGACCCUUGUUCAGCUUUACACAGCCUUUGCCUAUGGAGGGCCUGCACUCAUUCCCCAGAUGAAGGCUGAGCUGGUGCAGUGCUUAGAAAGAGAUGGUUUCAAAUCCGUACGAGAAGCUAUUGGUGCAGAUUACAGAUAGCUGUAUCCUGAUUAUGCAUAUUAGCUGCAAGAGAACCACUCUACCUCCCUUUCAUAGUCAAGAGGCGUGCGUGCAAUACCUGCAAUUUGGAGCUUUUAGUGUUUGUUUAGUCUAUAUUUUUAAUGAUAAUAAUUUUUUUCUCCCCCAUUGCAAAAUAAUCAAAAAUAGUUUUCCCUCCCGUUUUUGGGAUUGGAUAUCUUUCUUUUUUUUUUUUUUAAUGAAUGAUUGGAUAUCUAGUUUAUGUGCCAUUUCAGGGAGAGGGGUAUCUUUUAGUAGAGGAGUCAAGGAUAUGCUGCCUGAAAAAAAACUUCUACAGCAAACAUGCUGUGGUAGGCUAUGAAAGAAUGCUAUCAAGUGCUUCCUCAGAUCCCUCAAAUUAUCUGACCUUUCAUCACGGUCAUCAAAUAUUAUUUAUUAAAGAUCAAAUUUUCUUGUCACCUUCUUUGUUCUGCAUCUUUACUGCAUCCACCAUUGUGGCUGUUUUCUACUGUGAGUACCCUGACAUUUUGUAUCCCAUAUUUAUUUUUGUUCAGCAAAAGAAAAGAUAGAAGUUGCAGAGGGAUC